GUUGUCGCAGAUUUAGUGCCCACGAACCAGUCGUCAGGCGGUGUGGUCUACGAGGUUCGCGCCACCGUGACCCUGGAAAGCCCAGAACAGAAUGUGGACGAAGGCACGAUAAUACGGUACGCUGGAGACCUGGCCGUUUACCCGGUAGGGAAGAACACGUACCAGGCACGCUUCCUUAACUUGUCGAUGGUCAGGUACAAGCCUUCAACGAGAACGGCGUGCCUAGGUUGCAGCUUGGAGACACUGAUCAUCGCGCCGCCCGAAAGAAGUUCCCCACCGCUCACAGCUGUCAAGGAUGCUGACCAAUCGCAGGUCCGUCCACCGGUCCUGGAAACACUCAUCAUCGCGCCACCCGAAAGACGUUACCCACCGCUCACAGCGGUCAACGAUGCUGACCAAUCGCAGGUUCGUCCACCGGUUCUGGAGACGUUGAUCAUCGCGCCGCCCGAAAGAGGUUCCCCACCGCUCACAGCUGUCAAGGAUGCCGACCAAUCGCAGGUCCGUCCACCGGUCCUGGAAACACUCAUCAUCGCGCCACCCGAAAGACGUUAUCCACCGCUCACAGCGGUCAACGAUGCUGACCAAUCGCAGGUCCGUCCACCGGUACUGGAAACACUCAUCAUCGCGCCACCCGAAAGACGUUACCCACCGCUCACAGCGGUCAACGAUGCUGACAUAUCGCAGGUUCGUCCACCGAUUCCGGAGACGUUGAUCAUCGCGCCGCCCGAAAGAAGUUCCCCACCGCUCACAACUGUCAAGGAUGCUGACCAAUCGCAGGUUCGUCCACCAGUUCUGGAGACACUGAUCAUCGCACCGCCCGAAAGAAGUUCCCCACCGCUCACAGCUGUCAAGGAUGCUGACCAAUCGCAGGUCCGUCCACCGGUGCUGGAAACACUCAUUAUCGCGCCACCCGAAAGACGUUAUCCACCGCUCACAGCGAUCAAUGAUGCGGACCGGUCGCAGCUGCUCGGCUACCCGGUUCAGUUCGUCCUCCAGUCUGGCAAGCUGGUGGAAUACGAGAUCAGCCUUGGGGCCCCAGCUUGGAUCAAAAGCGUGUACAAGACCGUGCUGACACUCCUUCAGAACCAGGUUGAGGCGCCUCGGGAGUCGCCAGCUGUGUCAUCCUACUACGAGGACGGUGUAUCUGGAUACUGUCGUGUCACCUAUGAGGUACACUCACUGACCAAUCUCCACAUUGAGGACAGGGCUUAUAACGUGACGAAGACCAAGCAUCUGGACGAUUGCCUGCAGCGACGACACGUGGACAGCACGAGUAACACUCGGAGACACCCCGCUGAUCGCACAAAACAUCUGGCCAACAACUUGCUUCCACUGCCUCUAGAUAACACAUUCGAGAACCAGCCAUUCACCGGACGUCCAGAGGAUCUUAACAAGGUCAACUCCGAGGUGACCGCCCACGAGGUCUCCUACUACAGCGUCAACGACAGCCUCAUUGAGAGCGCCCUCUUCGACAGUCUCACUGUGCUGCCCCUGAUCACUGGCCCGGCACUAGUGCGAGCGCAGCUUCAGCUCAAGCUGGCCAGCCACGCAGCACCACCCAUGGGAACCGCGCAGUUCGACAGAGAGCGGCGCACUUCGCUAAAGCUGAACUUGUCCGAGGUGGUCGCGUACCUCAACGUAUCUGCCUACAGUGACCUAGUGGUCGAGCCCGAAGUGUUCACUCAGCUCCUCGAUGAGGUGGCCGAGGAGCUCGCCAGCCUAGAGCUUAACAUGACCAAGAAAAGCCCCGUGAUUAUGCUGAAGCUUGCGCGCAUAAUAUCACUUCUCAACACUGAGCAGCUGAAGCAAGCCAUGCCAUCGUCCCUCCUCAACAAGACCAGCGAUUUGGAACCCAAGGAGCAACUCCUCAGGGCGCUGUACAUCGAACUUCUGGGCAAUGCCCGAAGCAAGUCCACCGCUCAAAUGGCCAUCCACCUUAUGAAAGAGCACAUCCUGUCCCGCCAGGAAGCUGCCCGACUGUUCCGCGACCUGUCCGCCUUCUUCAUGACCUACAUUGACGAGGACACCCGCGAGAUGCUACAGGACAUGUGCAGGAGUACCGACGGUUUAGUGGAUACACGUCUCAGAGCAGCAACGUGCAGCGUACUUGAAGAGAUGGCGAUCAAGCUUUGCCCCCCUGGCCAUAUAUCUCGCUAGAGAGCGUUGACCGCGAUGCCAAGUCAAACCGUGCCUUGGAGUUCUGCAAGCAAGCACCUUCCAAGUCUGCCGAGACGCAAAACAGGCCACGUAACGUGUAUUGCGCUUUACAUUGCGAUUCAUUCGUAUCGUCGCUUAAGUCUUCUUGAUGCUUUAUGCCGAUACAUGUCAAGUAUCUUCUGUCCUGCAAAGAUAUCUGCAGUGCAAUGAAUCUCAUGUUCCUAGUUGCAUAAAAAAAAAUAUGUGGUUGAACGUGGUUUAAACCAAGCUUGUCCAGCGAUAGCACCAGCUACCGCGGAAAGCGUGCCGCGGCGGUGUCCCGCGCGUCGGCCCUCCCGCAUGGCAAGCAGCGGCGCGUUGUCCACACUGUUCUUCAUUUGACGGCGCGGGAGUCCCGCGAUAGGAG